ACUUGAGCAGCUGACUUUGUGAUGCACAAUCACAUAACGCAGAUUGUUUAGUUUUUCCUCUCAGAGAGUCUUUUGCUGUUGUUUUUCUCGCGGUGAGAAAGUGGAGAUGAACCAAUUGGACGGAUAUUGCAGCGCGUAAAAAUUGUGGAUGGUUACUUUUGCGCAUAAACAUUUAAAGGACCAUUUCGCCUCCAAAAGUUGCAGUAUAAUACAAGAACAGGUGAAAUUCUCAUCUCUGCAAAGAUAUCGCCCACAAGCAGGCUGGAAGACCAUCCACUCCGGAGAACACCGCGAAUCCGCAGAGCGCAGAUGAUCGCAACUGGUGUUUGUGGCGUCGCGCUGGUGCUGGUGUUGGUGGUUCUGAUCCCUGUCGUGGUGAACUCCGCCGGGACUCCUGCCCGCUACGAGAUGCUCGGAUCCUGUCAAAUGGUGUGCGACUCUCACGGGACCGCAGCUACAGCUACGGCCAAGGCAACCAACCCGAUCAAAGACAACCGCCUGGUCCAGUCGCUUCCGACGUUCAUCCAAGGUCCUCAAGGGGAGCCGGGGCGCGCCGGGAGGAUGGGACCGAGGGGUCCGGUUGGCGAGCCCGGGCCACCUGGACCUGCGGGUCCUCCCGGAGAGAGAGGGGUACCGGGCCCUCCGGGUCCACCCGGAGCACCCGGAGUAAAUGGGCCCAACGGUGCCAUCAGCGCUGCCACUUACAACACAGUCCCAAAGAUUGCAUUUUAUGCAGGACUGAAGAAGCAGCAUGAGGGGUAUGAAGUGCUGAAAUUCGACGACGUAGUCACAAACCUUGGCAACCACUAUGAUCCCGCCACAGGGAAAUUCACCUGCUCCAUACCGGGGAUUUACUUCUUUGUUUACCAUGUGCUGAUGCGGGGCGGAGAUGGAACCAGCAUGUGGGCUGACCUCUGUAAAAACAAUCAGGUGAGAGCCAGUGCCAUCGCCCAAGACGCCGACCAGAACUACGACUACGCCAGCAACAGUGUGGUCCUACACCUCGAGCCCGGGGACGAGAUUUACAUCAAACUGGAUGGCGGGAAGGCGCACGGGGGCAACAACAACAAGUACAGCACCUUCACCGGCUUCAUGUUGUACGCUGAUUGAAACACGGAAGAGGUCUGCUGAGGGAGGGGGAUCUGCUCUGCAUAUAGCUUGCUUCAUUGCUCGGUCUCAAUUCAAUGUCAGAUGGAUUAUUAGAGACAGAGCUCACCAUCUCCAUAUUGCAAAAAGGGUGAAGGAAGAUGUGGAGGAAGUCGUGCGAAAAAAAGAGAGACAAUGACUGUACUUUGCA